ACAAAAAAGAUGACAAAAGCCGUCGAAAUGUCCACUUCUUUUUUCUUCCUCCUCAAAGCCCUCUUCCUCAAGAAAUUCCACCGCACCGCCGCCGUUCACCGGAAGUACCAGAAACACCCAUCUCCGGUGGCGAAACUUCCGAACGGUGAGCGGAACGACGGUGAAAAAACCCUAAUCUUCAACGUGGAAGAAGCUCUCCUCAAAUCCUCUCAUCCCUUCUUCUCCUACUUCAUGCUGGUGGCCUUCGAGGGUGGCGGGCUCCUCCGGGCGAUGGUGUUCUUCAUGUCAUACCCGCUGGUUCGACUCGUCGGCCCGGAGAUGGGGCUGAAGAUUAUGGUGAUGAUAUCAUUCUGUGGGUUGAAAAAAGAGAGCUUUAGAGUUGGUUCUUCAGUUCUCCCCAAGUUCUUCCUAAACGACGUCGGAUUGGAGGCGUUUGAGGCUGUGAAAAGAGGAGGGAAGAGGAAAAGAGUUGUUGGGUUUACUAAUUUCUUCCCAAAAGUUAUGAUUGAGAGCUUUUUGAGAGAUUAUUUGGAGGUUGAGGAAAUUGUUGGGAGGGAAUUGAAGGUUUUUGGAGGCUAUUUUGUGGGUUUAAUGGAGGAAAAAGUGAAGCUUUCUUCAUUGUCCAAUUUGGUUCAUAAUUAUGAACAUGAACAAGAAGAAGAAGAAGAAGAAGAUCAAGAGGCCAAAAAGUUUGAGAGAAAUAAUGGGAAUUUGAUCAUUGGGAUUUGUGGUUCUCCAAAGGGAUAUGAUUUUCAGCUCCUCUCAUCUAUUUGCAAUGAAAUUUACAUGGUGAACGAGGCCGAAAAGAAGAGGUGGAAGAGGCUCCCAAGCGACAAAUUUCCAAAGCCUUUGAUCUUCCAUGAUGGAAGGUUGGCUCUCAACCCAACUCCUUUCGACACUCUUGCCCUCCUCAUGUGGCUCCCUUUUGCCCUAAUUCUUGCUGUCUUUAGGGCCUUUGUUUCGCUCUUUAUCCCUUAUAGACUAUGCAUCCCUCUCAAUGCCUUCAGUGGAAUGCGCCUCACUUUAUCAAUCCCAUCCUCCCACGCAACUAAGUCUAACGAUCAUGGCCUUCUCUAUGUUUGCAACCACAGAACACUCCUCGACCCUCUCUACAUCUCAGCUGCCUUAAGAAUCAACAAUCCUUUUGCAGUCACUUACAGCCUAAGCCGCAUCUCCGAGUUCUUUUCACCGAUCCAAACCGUACGGUUGACUCGAAACCGUGACCGUGACGCGGAGGUGAUGACCGAGUUGUUAUCGAAGGGUAACUUGAUCGUCUGUCCCGAAGGAACCACUUGUAGAGAACCAUACUUGCUUAGGUUUAGCCCUUUGUUCUCAGAGGUCGGGGCAAAGAUAGUUCCUGUGGCAAACGACACACAUGUUUCUAUGUUUCAUGGUACGACUGCAAGUGGGUUCAAAUGCUUCGACUCGCUGUUCUUCAUAAUGAACCCGUCCCCGGCUUACACCAUCAAGAUGUUGGAUUUGGUUGCUCCAUUGUCCAAAACAUCUACACGAUUUGAUGUGGCAAACCAUGUCCAAAGUGAGAUUGCAAAGGCUUUGGAAUUUGAGUGCACCAAAUUUACUAGGAGAGAUAAGUACUUGAUUUUGGCUGGCAAUGAAGGAAUUGUACAUUCCAAAUAGUGAUCAAUUUCGAUUUUCAUGUAUUAUAGGAGACAAGUACGAGAAAAGUAUAGAAGGAUAGAACAUUAAAUUAAAGAUAAUUAAUUAAUUAUUUGAUGUAUUUAUGUUUAUUCUAUACACAUGUAUAUGUAUAGAUCAUCUUCCCUUUGGGUAGUUUUGGAUUUCAAAUGUGAUCUAAUUUGAGUUUGGGGUUUGAAACUUUGAGACCAGGCCGAUUAUUUUACAUUUAUAAAAGAAAUUUAGAGUGUUUAUA